AAGAGAGCUCCAGCCACUGAUUAAAAACUGUGACGAGUCUCUGCAGGAAACAGGCCGCCCCGCCCUCUCUCUCUCUCUCUGGCAUUUUUUGUCUCUUUCUUUCUCUGUCGCUGGCAAAUAUUAUUCGGCUGAGACAGGAACAAAGAGGAAGGGAAGGAGGAACGGCACCACAUGGGAAGUGCUUGUGCAACAGUUCGGAACGACAACAAUCGUGAGAAGAAGAAGAAGGAAUUGUUUGUCAGCAAGGAAGAGAAGAAUGUCGGGGAUUGUCUUCGCAGCAUCCUCAACAGCUGAAUGAUGCGGUUCGCUGGUUUGCCAGGUUCCACCACUUGGACCUUCCAGUUUGUUUGAUGUCCUUGGAAACAAACAGUGCGGGCCUCGUCGUGUGUACUGCCGUAUCCGCCUCUCGUUUCGUUGCUACUCGGGCACUGGACAGAGAUUCUUCGAACUUGAUGCAAAACGAACAAACAGAAGACCGUCUGUAUGUAUUUAUAUUAUAUAUAUGAUAAGAUUUUCUCUGUUAUUUGUAAUAUGGCUCCCACAACAACAACAACAACAGCUGCCGCAGCCGAAACAUCAUCAUCACCAACAUCAGCUUCAACCACAACCAAACUAGAAAACAAAACAAAACAGAAAACUGUGAACCCCUUUAAAAACUGCUGUCGAUUAUUUCAUUGGGGACCAUGUUUAGCCCUGACCAUAAUAUUUCUGAUUUCCUUCAUGUCUCUGACCUGUACGUUGAUCUGGUGGCCGAUAAGUACAGCUGGUGGACUUCUUAAUUUAUCGAUAUUUAUAAUUUGGGACAUCUUAACUCUCUAUAAUUAUUUUAUGGCUGUUAUAAACGGACCCGGAUUUGUCCCUCACGGAUGGAAACCCAAAGUUGCUGGUGAGGAGAAAUUUUUACAAUAUUGUGUAGAAUGUAAGGGUCACAAAGCACCUCGAUCUCACCAUUGCCGGAAGUGUAAAAGGUGUGUAAUGAAAAUGGAUCAUCACUGUCCCUGGAUUAACACCUGCUGUGGCUACCUCAAUCAUGCCAACUUCAUCUAUUUUCUUUUCUUCGCUCCAUGCGGUUGCAUUCAUGGUGCUUUUAUUUUGAUUGGUUCCCUCAUUCAACUGCUCAAUAAUCCUUAUUACCUUUAUCACAUGAAUGGUGAACCAAUGGUACAGCUGAGCAUUCUUGGAUUCAUUAUUGUUGUUUUUUCAAUUGGACUUGCCGUUGGAGUUAUUGUUGCUGUCGGAAUGUUGUUUUGUAUUCAGUUUCAUGAAGUUCUGAAGAAUGAAACUGCCAUUGAGUCUUGGAUUAUUGAAAAGGCAAAAUCUCGUGAAAGGGACCCAUCUGAAUCGGAAUUCAUCUACCCGUAUAAUUUAGGAUGGAAAAACAAUCUGAAACUCGUUUUCUGGCCGACCGAUGAAAUCAAGUCGAAUGGCAUCUCUUGGCCCGUCAUUGAUUCCUGCAAUCAAUACACGUUAACGGUGGAGCAACUCAUUCAAAAGGCUCAAAAGAAAGAACGUGUUGUUCUGCUGGAUAUUGUCCAAAACUACUCUGGUUAUUGGUUUCCGUUCAGCAAGGGUUGCCGUGUGGUUUACAAUAUUCCUUGUAGUGACGAAGCCAGAAUUCCUCUGAGUGUUGGAGAUGUCGUUGAAGUUAGUCGUGGCAGAAGAUAUUGGUUAUAUGGAACAAAAGUCAACAAAGAGGAUACAGAUCAGCCUCGGGUGAGAGGAUGGUUCCCUCGAUGUUGUGCUCGUGAACGUAACACAAAGGAAAUGUCACAAGACAUCAAGUCAGAAAUUGAAGAUGAAAAUGAAAAAAAAAAAAACUAAACUUAGUUCCAUUGUCUCCAUCUAGAAGAAAAUGCAACGUGAUGCCACAUCACAAUCCUGUUUUAAUGAAAAAUCUAAGGAUGGUUUUUUCUUUUUUCAAAAUGUUUUAUCUUCAGUGGUAUUUUCUAAAGGAGUCAUUUACAGAACCGAUUUUAACAAAAAGCUGAAAUGAAUAUUUGGUAUUUUCCUUAUUCAAACAUACAAUUACAAUAUGAAGAUACAAUAUUCAUAGAAUAUUAACACGUUAUUUAAAUAAGAUACUUGAUAUUCAUUCACAAUGAAUAUUUGGUGGUGUUCUUACACCAGCAGGCAACCACAAAUGUCCGAAGUGGAAGUUAAACAGCUUCUUACAGUGUAAUCCAAUCUCAAAAGAGGUUUGAAGAUUAAACUCUGCAUUUUUUUUUUUUUUUUUUUUGCAUAUUUCUGCUGACAAAAUAUUCUGCUGAUACUUUUUUAAUUUUUUUUUUUAAAUAUUUUUUGGGUUGUCAGCCGAAUCCUGUUUUUUGAUCUCUAACAUUUGUUAGAAUUAUGAAAAUAAAAUAAAAUUCUGAACAUUUAUAGUGAAGAAACACACAUGCGUGCAUUCACGCAUGCACACACACACACACACACACACACACACACACACUUCAAUCAAAGAGAAUUGUUUCAGCUUCCCUUACAAAGGAAGAAUUCAUGUGAUCAAUUAACAAUCAGGCAGAGCAUGGUCUGUUGACGUGUCAGUUGAUGUAAUCAGUGGAUAUUAAUUGCUGAUCAAUGUUAUUGUUAUUGUUAUUCUCCCACAGGCAGGAAUUCUCUUUGCUAACUCUGCUACUGGUCUGCGAGUCAUUGAGUGGUUCUCAUUUCUCCAUUUAGCCGAAGCGUCCAUCAUCACUUUUGUCCCUCUCAAGAGGAGUUUUCUAUGAUUUAGUCUUUCUCUCUUUCAGAAGGAGCAGUUAUCCAUUGUUGACUUUUGUUUUUCAUGCUUCUUCAUCAAUGGUUUAACUGAAGGCAGACUGACUUUCCCUAUGGCUUACCUUUGUAGAAUAUAUUACAGACACUUGUUGUAUCCUUUGAGGGUUGGAUGGAAUUGGCUGUUGAGAGUUAUGCAGUGGCAGCGUUACAGAUCUUAAACGGAGUGAGCUGCUGGAAUCCUUUGCUUGUCUCACAAAAUACUUUGUGGUAUUUAUUUUGGCUUUGUGUUCUGAGUUCAAAUUCUGUGAAGGCUGACUUUGUCUUUCAUCCUUUUGGGGUCAGUAAAAUUGUAUAUUAGGGGUGAUGUAAUUGACUAGGCCCCUCCCCUCAAAUUCAGGCUUUGUGCCUGUAGUAGAAAGAAAUAUUAUAGGUGUUAAUGUUUGGUUUACGAUGCUCAAUUCAGUCUGAAAAGGUCCCUGAAAUAGUCCAGCAUCUGAUCCAAGAAGGGAUUGAUGUUUCAUUCACUUAGCAUUUGCCAAUUCUAUGGAUUCUUGAGGUCUGUAAAGGAUUAGCUGACCCCUCAUCUGUCUUUAAACAUGGAUUAUUAAUGGCUUUCUGAUAUAUCCUUCAGUCUUAAACAGCUGUCAUCUGUUUGUGGAACCAAAAGAGCUGAAUUGUUAUGGACUGUCAAGGGGAUAUAGAAUUCUGAUCUGCUGCAGAUGUUUUCUGGAGUAUUUCAGCCGUACACUUAGUUCUGCAUGACUCACUUCACCGAGCUGUCUCACCUACAUAGGUAUCAAUCUGAUUUCAUUAUCUCAGAAUGCAAAAGACUUGUAUCUUAUCCUGAUGUAAAUUUAUCUCUCAUCAGCUUAAUACCACACAGCUAAGCCACAAUGGAAACUUUUAAAGGCUCUGUGGUCUACAUUGGUUUCUAACAUUUUACAAACAUUUUAAUCUUUUCUGGGAAUCCUCCUGCACCUAUGGCUAUUCCAUGACUAUAAAUCACUUGUGAACUCACAGUGCUGGAGUGGUUUUUACUGUUCCAAGAACAGGAACAGAAUCUUUGGGAGUCAUUGCUCUGACACUGUUAAUUCUUCAAAAAAUUUUUUCUUCUCACAAAUAUUUCCAGAAGAAAAUUGAAAAACAAUAAAAGAAAAAAAAAAAGCAAAUUCUGAAAUGGAACAUAAUUAUGAUAAAUCCAAUUUUUACUGUUGAAGAAUUUUAGACUUUUUGAAUUUAGAGUCUAAGUUUUUAUAUAUUUGAAGAAUCCGUAAUAACAAUUGUUGAACUUUGUAAAGAAUUUACUGGUUCUGAUCUCUGUGAUAGAUUUUGAUAAAAUAAUGUUUCCUUUAAAAAUUAUUAAAAUUAUCAUCAUCAUCAUUAUUAUUAUUAUUAUUAUUAUUAUCAUUAAGAAUGGCAAGAAGGCAGACUCAUUAACCCACCAGACAAAAUGUCUUGUAGCAUCUCUUCCAGUUCUUUAAAUGUUGAACUCAAAUCCUGCUAAGGGUCAACUUUGCCUUUCAUCCUUUUGGGAUCAAUAAAAUAAAUACCAGUUGAAUACUGGGGUCAAUGUAAUUGAUUUACCCCACCUCAGAAUUGCUGGCCUUGUGCCAAAAUUUGAAAUCUGUAUUAUUAUUAUAAUAUUUUUUUUUUAAGGUGGCAGAUAUAGCAAAGCCCCUGACUAAAUUGAUAAAACAGUUCUUAGAUUUGUCCCUCUAUAUUUUGAGUUCAAAUCCCAUCAGGUCAGUACUUAGUUUUCAUCCUCCUGGGGUUGAUAAAAAUAAGUAAAAAAGUUCAAGGUAGUGGGGUCAGUUAUAUUGACUUCAUUCCUCCCACAAAAUCUAGGACCAAGUGCCAAAGAUUGAACUUAUCAUUGUUAACAUAUUAAUAAAGUUUUCUCUUUUUUUAUUAUUAUUAUUAUUGAUUAUUGAUUAUUCCAUUAACUGCUGAAUCUGGAUUCUAAGUUGGACAUGGCUUAAUCCUGUGUUUGGUAUAAUGAUCCGUCUUUGAUCUGGAGGUCAGGUGGGGAGAGAGGGGGGGGGGAGGAUGUGACAUUGGUCUGUCACAUGUAUAUAGAAGUUGGUGUGUGUGUGUGUGUCUGGAACUGGUGUCUCAUAAAUGGAAGGAUUAAAUUUCUCCUGGCAUUUGUAUGUUAAAUGGGAAACUGGGUGAGUCUGUGUGUUGAUUUCUAUUGUUACUUGGCCCCAGAUCAUCCCUGAUCAAGCAAAGCUUUGAUCAAAGUAUUCCAGCCAUGACCAUCCUGUUUUUUUUUUCUUUUUUACAUUCAGGAUUAGACUACAUUAUCCAAUGUGUCAUUCCAAUAAAAUUGUAGGAUUUUGAGGAAGAUUUCUAGUGACACAACUAACGACUAAGAUUCCCUGUUCUGUUUGAGUGCGUGCAUUUGUGUGUAUGUGUGUGUGUGAAAUGAAAUACUGGUCUUUCUGGUGUGUUCAGAAGUAGAAGAACGCCAACCACUCCGAGAGUGUAGUGAGUGCUUUUACAUGCCACCGGCACGAGGGCCAGUCAGGCGGUACUGGCAACGGUGUGUGUGGUGAAAUAAUAUGCUUGUGUGUAUGUAUUUGUGCAUGUGUGUGUCUAUAUUCAAGUAUGCGUAUGCAUACAUAUUUAUGAGGAAUGAAAUAUUGGUUUGGCUGGGUGCGUAGCGGGGUGGAAUGUUUGUUAUUUGUGUCUCGGAUGUAACAUGGGUAUCUUUUAAAAAGAGAGGGAUGUCACACUCUCCCUGUAUAUGUCAUUAGGGGGUGUCACUGGUGAUAAAUGAGGAGAUAUCUAAGAAAGGGGAUAUUAUGUGAGUAAUGGUAGACCCCUGAUUUUCCUUUAGGGUAGGACAGUGUAAAGGGUUACUAUAUAUACCUGUCUUUCUUUCCUAUCAAAGGAGUUUACAUUUUAGGGAAAAAAAUCACUCUUGCAAAAUAUAUUUUACCGUUAAUGACCUUCAACUUUUCACUCCCAUUAAAAAACAAAAAAACAUAUCAUUAGGGGCUGAACCUAAUUUUGGGGAGAAAUGGGUUUCUAAUUCUUUCAUUUAUAAGGUAACUUAUUUUUAGGGGUUAAUUUUAAUUCAGGAUUGGAGGAUGUUUAUGGAUCCUCUUUAAAAGGGAUGGAGGGUUUGCUCUAACAUGAGUCACUUUCAAAUCCCCUUUAGGGGCUGAAUUUAAAUUAUGAUACCUAUUAAGUGUGUUUAAGCUGGAGGUUAAUUCUGUAUAAGGAAGAAAUAUAGACUAAUUAAUUAUGACUUGUUUAAUUAUCAAAUGUAAUAUUUAAUUUCUUACAUUUCUGUUUCAUUAAAUUAUUAAAGGAAUCUUAUAACUGUUUUGUUUAUUUAAUUCACAGUUUGUGCCCUGUCCAAAAAGUUAUAUUUAUUUAAGCGAGAUCCUUAAUUUUACCCCCUCAUCCCCCCUCCCCCAACGUUUAAUUAACACAACCUGGAAAAAAAUAUGUUCUGUGUAAGGUUGUGAAGAGAUUCGUCUGUGAUGUCAACAGGUUGAUAACAUAAGCGAGAAUAAAGUGGUUGGGGGGGGGGGAACGAGGUGGCAGCUCUGUGUUUAUUACAGUAGCUGUAUUAUUUAAACCAACAUCUGUUAAUUAAGUAGAAAGUGUAAUUUGUAUUAGCUGAUUAGGAUUUUCUUGUGGGACCAUUAACCUUCAUCAUCAUCAUCAUCAUUUAGUGGCAUAAUAAUU